AGGUCUCUCCUGUUUGCCCAAACACGGUACUAACAGUGACUUCUCGUUGUAUCAUCUGUAAGUCUUGUGUCUGUGGAGGGACACGACCACGCGAAAGAACUGCUUGAUCGUCACAGUCACAAACGAAAGUAGUUGUCCUCGGCACCACAAACAAAUAAACCCAAGAAGGUAUUUGCGUGCAUAUAACUCAACAGGAGUACAACAAACUCCAUGAAGACGAAGUGUCACACAGGCACAGAAAAAUCAGGCCCUGGGAGAGAACUAGCACGUCGAGACGGAGGCGGAGCCAAGAUGUCCAGAAAACGAAACAUGUCCCACCGUGUCGCAACGGCGAGCGGGCUCAUUGCGUUUCUAGGUGCCGAGGUUGGACACGCUCAGCUGAUAGUGGACUACCAGAAUCUCGCGGAGCAGAAUGUGACCCGGUACGGCGAGACCCUCGCAAAGUCCGGCACGGAUCUGUUCAAAGCCUCCUCAUCCUCCUCGAAGCCCGCCGUUGUCCACGAAACAAUUCUCAAAAGUGGCAUCAAAGAAUGUGAUCCGACGGUGACGCAGCACAGCGGGUAUAUUGCACUUGCUUCAACAUCUAGAUGUUGAAGGUGAUCUUUUCACUUCAUGGUGCUACAUAAAACUAAAGCAUAAACAUUCACGCCCGCUCGAAGGGCAUGGGGAGAAACGAACUCAGUGCGACGUUUGAUAGAAGCUGAAGCAAGCGCACCGAUGAUUUCAAUACCCGCGAAAACUUCCUUUGUAGGUACAUUGCGUUUCCGGGACACCAAGGAACCCAGAAGUCGUAUUUCUUUUGGAUGUUCGAGGCGAAGAAGGUUGAUCCGAAGACAGCUCCGCUGGUGCUGUGGCUGACCGGCGGCCCCGGCUGCUCCAGUAUCAUGGCAUUGCUUUCGGAGAACGGGCCGUGCGGCGUGGAUUCGGACGGAAAAACGCUGAAGCCGAAUCCCUACAGCUGGAACACCAAUGCCAACGUCAUCUGGGUCGAUCAGCCAGCGGGAACGGGAUUUUCCGAAGGUACUUGGUAUGUUGAGUCCCACUGUACUACACACAGUUACAGUAUGGCAAUGGCUUUUUUCAGGUGCCCCCUCCGAGGAUGACUUGGUAGCCACUUGUUCUAUGUGCCGAAUGUUGAGCGAGGAUCAUUAUCAUGUUGUUUGGAAAUGCUCAUGAUUGAUGUGCCACCAGGUGACUAUGACCACGACACCAAGGAGGGAGUUUCGGCCGACAUGUACGGUUUCCUGACCGGGUUUUUCGAACAAUUUCCGCAGUACGCGGCCUCUGAGUUUUACAUCACGGGUGAGUCUUACGCCGGACACUACAUCCCUGCGAUCGGGCACUACAUUUUCGAGGAGAACAAGAAAGCCAGCAAGAAGAUCAACCUGAAAGGUCUGGCAAUCGGGAACGGGCUGACCGAUCCGCAGGAGCAGUACAAGUGGUACCCGGAGAUGGCCUACGACGGCGGCAAGUCGCGGGGCGGCUCCUUGGAAAAGGGGGUGAUCACGAACCCCAUCACGCAGGCCAUCAUGAAGGGCGGCGUCACCCCCUGCGUGCAGGCCAUCCAGUCCUGCAACAUAUGAAAGCCUCAGGUUGGAAAUCCUCAAAGUGAAAAUAAUUUGUAAUGCAAAAAAACGACUCCAGUUGGAGCACCAUUUCUAGUCGGCGCAUGACAAAUUUCCCGGGCACUCAAAACGUGUCUGUCAUGCUAGUUAGGCAAAGGGGUGCCCUUCUCUCAUGCUAAUCAGCAGCCCAAUUCUGAACCCGUAGAAGUACUAUAGUCGGCCUCCAUUGCGCUCUCUGCAAUACAGUGUUUUUGGUGUCGCAUUUCAUGCAUCACAAAUCAUUUCCACUUUGAGGAUUUCCAUUCUGAGGGUGUCAUACAACAGCGGCAGCACCGCGGGCUGCAUGGGAGCGUUAUCAAAUGUAGAAAUGUGUGGGUCUGGAUUUUUGCAUGACACAGAAGGUCUGGCAUGGAGGCUCUAGCAUUACAGGUUUCGAAAGGCCCCCGCAAUGCCGAACCCGCAUGACAAAUCCCCCACUUUGGUGACAGAAAGCGGGCAGCUUUUGCUACCCAUGAAUGAGAAAUAUUUCUGUGUUCUGAAAUGCGCAUCACAAGGGAGGUUGAAAAAUAUAUAAGUGCCCGGGGAUGAAGAAAUACUCGCGAUGUUUUCGCGGUUCUGACCCUAUGCCGCUCCAGCGCCUGCGGAGGCUUGCUUCCCGAGUGAUAAUGGACAAUGGCAAUGUCGGUGCGGUUGUUUUAGCAUCACAAGUUUGCAUUCUUCCAGACCCAGACACUUUUGCACAGGAUAAGCGUUUCUGGUGUGCAACUACGCGGAAACCGUGCCCUAUCAGUUCACCGGAAUGAACGUGUACGAUAUGCGCAUCAAAUGUGAGGUGCCACCCCUCUGCUACGACUUCUCGCAGGUCACCACCUUCUUGAACGACAAGGACGUCCAGGAGAAGCUCGGUAUAUACAUAUACUUAAUGUAUGACUCGCCCUGCUGCUGCUCGCUGCCGUGGCAGGAAACCCGAUAGAGGCAAAGUCUUUCGCCGCUUCUCUAAACUCAAUUUCGCAAUGGGGUUAGUCAAUCCGCUGACCGUUGUAUGCCAUCAGAAUAGCUAGUAGAAGGAGAUGACCACGCUAGUACAUUUGCAAAAAAGAAUCAUCAAAAAAGUACAACCACAAGAGGGACCACAGACACGCGCAUGCAAGAAUGAGUAAGUAAAUUGAGCACUUUACUAUCAGGUGCCAAAGGCAAGUGGGCUUCGUGCAAUAUGAUGGUGAACGCACUUUUUCGUGCUGACUACAUGGUCAAUUUCCAAGAGCUCAUUCCCGAGAUGCUUGCCGGUGGAAUCAAAGUCCUCGUUUACGCGGGAGACGUAUACAAAAUCAAAUUUGUUGCUCUUGCUGUUUUUGUUCUUUUACUUUUCGCAAUAGGACCGCGACGUGCUUCUUUUUCGUGAUGUGACGCGACGUCGAACAAAGAGAACAAACUACGAGUGCAUGCACAACCAUGAGAAUCAGGGGGCGCGAAAAUGUUGAUUCACAAAUCUCAUCAGGUGGACUACAUCUGCAACUGGUUGGGUAACAAGGCGUGGACACUGAAGCUGGAUUGGCCCGGUAAAGAACAGUUCAACGCCGCGGCGGACGCCGAUUACGUCGUAGAGGGAAAGGCGGCGGGGAGACUGCGCAGCUACCAAAACUUCAGCUUCCUGCAGGUUUACCAAGCCGGACACAUGGUGCCCAUGGAUCAACCAACCGCCGCGCUGCAAAUGUUGGACGACUUUAUUUCCGGCAAGUUUCGGCGGACAUCCACUGGCACGGCUGCGGUGGAAGAGCCAGCCAGCACAUCUAGCAGUUCUUUCAAGAAACUCUUAAAGCGAUCUGCAACGGGAGCGAAGACCGAACAGCAAGAGGUGCAGGAACUGUACAACUAAAGCGGUCCGCCUGCGUGGUGAUAUGGUCUCUGCGGGCAAGCUGCUCUUGGCUUUCUCUCAUACUAAAGAAAGCUGCUUUAUAUUUCCGUUGCUAAAAUAAGAAAAAACUGUCUUUUUGCCUUAAGUGGUCUACAGAUUGAUGUGUUUGAUUUUUCCCAUGUAUUUUGCAUUUGUGUUUUUUUUUGGGUGAUGCAAAUUUCGCUUCUACUUUUGAAUUCGAACGCAGUCCCUGACGCGAGGACUUUCAUCCUUCUUGCAGUAACGACUUCUGCGUCGACAUUCUCUGGUCGUAUUAGACAGAGAAACGUGCAUUUUGCUGUGCUGAGUCACAUAGUUUUAGUGAGUUGAUGCCCGUCGUGAAAGAAACUGCAAACCAAGGCUCAUCCUUCUUGAAUGCUGUUUGGAGAAAGUAUCAGUGUAAACAAAAGUUCAACUUGUGGAAGAGAAAAGCAAAACGAGAAAAAAAAAAACAAAAAGCUUAAAGCCAAAGUAGAAAACAGACAGAGGUCUCAUCCUCAGCUUGUG